AUGCAAUCGGUAUUGGCAGCUGUUGGCGCAGUGUAUUUUUUGUUGGUGGCAAAUUUCUACAAUGAAUCGCAUGGUUUCCAGAAGUUCUACAAUAGGUUGUAUCCAGUAUGGAAGGUAAUGCCGAUAGUGUUCCUCACAAUAUUCGCAGCUGUUCAUGGUGGAGGACUAUCGAAGAGGAACCGCUUCAUGUGCGCGAUGGCGCUAUUCUUUGGUGGAAUCGGUGACGUCCUGAUUGGCUUGAGUGACGAGGGAAUCGUCACCGGCGCGAUCGCGUUCGCAAUUGGACACCUCUUUUACAUGCCUACGAAGAUCUUCUGGCCAUUGCUGAUUGGUACCUUUGCCUGGGGUGCAGUUCUUGGUCACUUUUGCGUUUUCCCAAUGCUGAACGAACAUCCAUUCGAAGUACUCAUAUUGUCGACGUAUUCAUUGAUACUGUCAUCCUGCCUUGCAAUUACUGGAUCACACAUAUGGUCUCUUACUUCGAUACAUGGGCUUCAUGAUGUUCUUCAUAUCGGAUUCGGUACUGGUAAUGGCUCAUACAGGGUUCAGGCUACCAUGGCCAGAAACGGUCGUCCUGGCUACAUAUUACACUGCACAAUAUCUCAUCUUAUACGGCAAUAUCCAUACUGGUCUCCACUCAAAAGCAAAACUUCUUUAACAUGA